GCGUGGGACUUUUAUUAAACGGACAAUACAUCCGGAUUACUUGGGAAUCCCAAGGUUGCGGGUUCGACCCCCGCCUGAGGCGUUUAAUCUUUUGCCAAUGUUUUUUUGUUUCGUAUAUAGUGUUUAUUUGUUCAAUGUUCUUCUAUUUUUGUGUUGCUGUCGUUACAUCUUUGAGGUGAAUGACAGUUUGCACCCAUGGCAGGCAGGUACGAGUUGCAGUUACCGGAUAUAUCCCAGAUUGGAUCCGUAAUUGCCUACCGAGCUCCCGCAAUGCCCCGAUAGGUACCCGAGUACUUAAAAGAUCCGUCAUAUUUUAUCGCAUCACCGAUCUACACUACACUACUGCAUAUCAAUGCAACUCUAGCCAACGACAUCUCGGACAUGAUCUAUAGGAAUCUACCAAUCAGACGCCUAGUUGCUCUGGCUUCUAGAUCUAAAACAUUAGAUACGUGCGCUGUGUUGACCGGAAUACCAAAAAGAUGCCUGCACGGCACGGCUUCCCUCCGUACAGAUGGAGUAUUUCGCGGCCUCACAGAUGACCGUCUACCAACGCCGUGGAUAGAGGCGUGGAGGCUGCAGCAAGAAGGGAAAAACGUAGCCGCCGACGAGGUUCAACCGCAGGAACGCGACCUUACUCCGAAAAAGAUGAGCGAUAGUUAUCAUCGAGUCGUACUUCCUCUUGGCCGCGAUCCUUGGCUUAGCGACACCUACAUUAACUCAUCUGGUCACAUAAGGUUAGGCACGAUAUUCAUGGAUCUUGACGCCCUGUCGGGUAUCAUCGUCUAUAAACAUACCGGGCCGGGCGUAGCUGUUGUUACCGCUGCGCUGGACAGAAUUACCAUCGCCCACCCGCUGACUGAGAUAUGUGACCUCGAGUAUAGCGGGCAAGUAACCUACGCGUCGGGGCGGAGUAGCGUGGAAAUUACUUGCAAGGUCGCCAGAGCCAGAGACGAAGGCGAACCUAGUAAACCGGAGGAUGUAUUGCUAACAUGCACCUUUACCAUGGUAGCCCUAGAUCCCAAAACCAAGAAACCGGUCAAUAUACCACGUCUAGAGUGCUCGACCCCCGAGGAAGAACAUAUCUUCAAAGCCGGGGAGGCUAAAGCCCUAGCGACCAAGCAAAAGCUUAAGACGUCACUACUCGAGACGGAGCCCAACGACCCAGAGUCAGCUCUGAUCCACAAGAUCUGGCUCCGACAACUAGCGUACCACGACCCGAACAACCACCUCCGGCAGCCGGGCAACGUGCUCGCCAUGUCCAAGACGCAGCUCUCGACGGCGUCCAUCAUGCAGCCGCAGUACCGCAACCGGCACCAGACCAUGAUCUUCGGCGGCUUCCACCUGAAGCAGACGUUCGAGCUGGCGUUCUGCUGCGCGGCGAGUUUCGCGCACGCCCGCCCCACGUUCAUCAGCGCCGAUCCGUGUACUUUCCGGAACCCGGUUCCGGUCGGUAGUGUCUUGUACUUGACUGCGACGAUCGUGUAUACGGACCCGCCGUUGCUGGAAGAGGAUGGCAGCGAGCCCCGGCAGAAUGACCCGGAGAACCCGGUUACGCGGCUGCAUGUUAGGGUGGAUAGUAAGGUGAGAGAUGUCGAGCAUGGGAACGCGAGGCCGACGGGCCAGUUUAAUUACACCUUCUCAGUCCCCAAGGACGUCAAGGUUCUACCACACACGUACGAAGAGUAUAUGAUGUACAUCGACGCGAGGAGAAGAGUACAGCUCGCAGAUGUGCAGGAUCGCCAGGAGCAUGCAGACUCGAAAAUUCAACAGCUACAAUCAGCUGACAAUGUCAACCUCACGGAGUAAGCCUGAUUACGUCGAGUUCAAAAUUCUGUUCUCCAGCAUGCCGGGUUGGACUUUUCGAGGGCGCUAUUAGAAGUAAAUAUUAUCUUAUGUAAAUGUCGAUUAUUCUAGAUUUAGAUGGGGGAUUUAGGCGGAUGGGGUAUAUAGACUGGCCCGCCCGUAUACAAACACGCCCUCAAGCGAGCAAAUAGUUUACAUUACUCGUAAAAGUUUAUAGAAUUUACUGCUAUACUUGUUUA